ACACACACACUUGCUCACACAUGCUGACAUGCAGACACGUUCUGAUCCACCCACUGCUAUAAUACCGACACAAUCCAAGAAGCUGAUGGACCUUAGCCCACUCACAUGCUGACACGCUCGUGCAGCCUGACGCACACAUGCUCAUGCACAUGCAUGUACGCUGACACAUUUACACAGACGCACGAGUCAUACACAUGCACUGUUUGACACACAAACUUAUACAGACCCCCUCCGGCACCCACCCACCCACACUCACACAGGCAGAGAUCACAGUUUCCUGUCCAUUCCCCGGGCUCCCUUCAUUAGCUUCAUCUGUUGGACAGACUGUUGGGGUCUGCAGAAUAGCACAUAUUUCAUAGAUGUCCAACAGGACCCAUUGUGCCCAUGCAGUCAGGCCUCCUGCCUAACCCAAGCCAGAGAAUCUCGCCCAGUAACCACUGGCUGAGCUGUACUUCCCAGAGGGCAUGUACCCAGCCCCAGCUGACCUCUUGCUCCCCAUGUUUGAUUCCAUGUCCCUGGCACAUUCCCUGAAACACCUAACAAGCCCUGAACUCACCUUGAUUCUUUCCCUCACUCUGAGCAGGAUUCCCAACAGCAAAUCUGACGUGGUUCCCCGGACAGAGGGAAGGGAAGAGCUCCGUGUCCUGAAUUUCUAGGGUCUGGGCACGGGGUGGAUUCUCCAUCACUGGACGUCUGUUAAAAUGAAGAUGCGGCAUCUCUUUCCCAAAGUCAGGAGUCACUGGGCCAGAGGCAGGAAUGGCUGGGGGAGAUAGGAGGCCAGGCUGGAAGGGCACAGUGGGCCUUUAGGCCUAGAUAUCUAUUUCCCUAGAGACAGCAGCACAGCGGAGAGGUACAAAAAAUGAAACCAGCUCAAAGUAUUUGUGAGUGCCGUGAAACAGCUGGGAUCCCACAGAGCUGCUGUGAACUUUCCCAGCUCUGCCCCCAUCUCAGCCAGACUGGGAUUGUACCCAGCAACUGUGGCAGCAUCACUGGAAAUCUGGCAGCUGCUCCCUCACUCAGCUACAUUUCCCCUGGGUGUUUGGAGGGGGCAUGGUCAUCCUCUCUCCCCCGCCCCCGGUAACUUAUUUGAUCUAUCCAACAAUGAUUGAUUUCACCACCUUAGCCAUUCCCCAUUCUGAGGAUCUCCUUUGUGUCCCCCAGCAUUGCCCAGCAGAGAGAAUGACACACAUCCAGAUUCUUUCUCGUCCCAGCAGGAACUGAGAUUUAAGAGCAAGGACGAGGAGGGAAUCGGCAGCAAGGAGGUGAUGAGACAAUGGAUCUGGAUGGGACCGCCUCAGGAAUCUCUGAAGCUGAGGAACACCAGAGUCCUGGGCAGGGAGAAGCCCGCGAGGAUCACAACAGGUUGGAAGAGCAGGCAGAUGGCGAUCCUGAUGCUGUCAGGGGAAGUUUAAAUGUCCAGGAUGGCACCCAGACAGGGGAGGAUCCAGCCACAUGGGCUGAGCCAGGGAGAGGCCCCAGUGGGAGCUCAGAACAUAGGUCCCUGGAAAGAACCCAGCUGCGGCAAAAGCCCCAUUGCUGCCCUGACUGUGGGAAGGCAUUCAGCUGGAACUCCCACCUCAUUCAGCACCAGCGGGUUCACACAGGGCAGAGGCCCUACAAAUGUCCUGACUGCGGGAAGGGCUUCACCCAGAGCUCAGACCUCAUUACCCACCAGAGAACUCACACAGGCGAAAAACCGCACCGCUGCCACCAGUGUGGAAAAUGCUUCAGUGUCAGCUCGGGGCUGGCCCGGCAUCGGCGCGUCCACACUGGGGAGCGCCCCUACAAGUGCCCUGAGUGUGGGAAGAGCUUUGGUCGCAAUUCCAACCUGCUGACCCACCAGCGCACACACACAGGGGAACGCCCGUACCAGUGUGGGGAAUGCGGGCAGUGCUUCAGCCUCAGCUCCACCCUUGCCAAGCACCGGCGGCUGCACACAGGGGAACGCCCCUACACCUGUGCCGACUGCGGGCAGUGCUUCAGCCUGGGCUCCACCCUGGCACUGCACCGGCGCAGCCUGCACACGGGUGAGCGCCCCUACCAGUGCACUGACUGCGGCAAGCGCUUCAGCCGUAGCUCCAACCUGGCCACGCACCGCCGCAGCCUGCACACAAAUGACCGGCCCUACAGCUGUGCUGAGUGUGGCAAAGGGUUUGGUCGCAGCUCAGACUUGCUGGCCCACCAGCGCAGCCACUCCGAGGAGCGGCCCUAUCACUGUGCUCAGUGUGGCAAGGGGUUCGGCCGCCGCUCCAAUCUCCUGGCGCAUCAGCGCAGCCACACUGGGGAGCGGCCCUUCCCGUGCAGGGAGUGUGGGAGAUGCUUCAGCCGGCGCUCUGACCUCGUCAGCCACUGCAGGACCCACACCGGGGAGCGGCCCUACCUGUGCGCCCAGUGCCCCAAGAGCUUUGGGCAGAGCGCCGACCUGCUAACCCACCAGCACACCCACACUGGGGAGCGACCCUACCGCUGCCACCAAUGUGGCCAGAGCUUCAGCCUUAGCUCCAACCUCCUGGCCCAUCGCAGGGUCCACACCGGGGAAAGGCCCUACCACUGUGCCCAGUGUGGGAGGGGAUUUACCCGCACCGGCAACCUCCUGGCACAUCAGCGGCGGCAGCACGCAGUGGGAGAGACCACCUGGUCUGAAGGCGGCUAUCCCUCCAGGCGUGGUGAGCUGAGGAUGAAGAAGGUGUCAAGGAAAAGCCAGAAUGAGAAGUACCGGCUGAAAUACAGCCGUCUGCGCCGAGCGGCCAAGGCCAUGGUGUUCGAGAAUGCAGCCCUGUGCGAUGAGAUUGCCCGGCUGGAGGAGAAAUUCCUGCGGGCGAGAGAGGAGCGUCGAUUCCUUUUCACCAAGCUGCUGCAGCUGCAGGCGCUGUCAGCCGAGGAGGAGAGCCCGGCGGUGCCACUGGGGGGCAUCUCAGCAGGGUACGGCGUGGCACCGAUGCCUGGCCCUGAUGAGCCAGCGCCUGCAGGGAAGCGGCCCAAGAAGGGCAAGGAGAAUGGGCGUGCCACCAAGCGGCGGGCAGCACCAGACAGGGGGGUGCGGCGGCUGGUGCAGCCAGUGCCACUGGACCCUUCGGGUCGGCCUGUCUUCCCCAUCGCGCUGGGUGGGCUGACGGUCUACAGCCUGGGUGAGAUUGUGGCCGACCGGCCAGGCUUCCACGAUGAGGGAGCCAUCUACCCAGUGGGCUUCUGCAGUACACGGGUCUACGCCAGCAUGCGGCGCCCUGACCAGCGCUGCCUCUACACCUGCCAGAUCAAAGAUGGUGGAGUGGGCCCCCGCUUUGAGAUCGUGCCUGAGGAUGAGCCGGGCAGUGCCCUGGCGGGCACCACGGCUGACACCUGCCAUGUCCAGCUGCUGGCGGCCAUCAGUGCUGCCCAGGGGCGGCCUUACCCUGAGCUGGAGGCAGCUGGGGCUGAUUUCUUCGGCUUCUCGCACCCGGCCGUGCACAACCUGAUCCAGAGCUGCCCCGGGGCCCGCAAGUGUGCAGCCUACCGCUGGGUGCGCUUCGAGGUGUGUCGUCCUGGGGAUGGGCAGGUGCCCCAGGGGCUGCCCGACAACUGCGCCGCCACUGACUUCCAGUCCUUCCGCCGCCGGGCCCAGGAGGAGGAGGAACGGGACCGCGCAGGGGGCAGAGCUGGGGGGCGUGCACUGGGGCUGACCCCUGCCCAGGCCUUCACUUCCCCCUGCUCCUAUGAGGAGGUGUUCCUGAGCCGCCCUCUUGAGGAGGGGGACGGGAUAGCGCAGGGACCUUCCUGUACCAGCCCCGGACACCUGGGUCCCGAGCCCAGCUCGCCUCCCCGCCAGUGUGUGCGCAGGGCGAGUCCCAGUUUGCAGCCCCGGGGAUCGCCCCGGCUGGGCGGGGCAGGCGUCCCCGUUCCCAAACCUGACCUCGUGUCCCACAUGGAGCGAUGGGAAGAGCUGCAAGUCCCAGAUCCCCAGUACUCCAAGGAACAGGAGAUGCCAAGAGGCACCCACGAAGGUGCCGAGAUCCUGCGUAGAAGCAAGGAAAAGACUUUGCAGCAUGAAAGGGAAGCAGCCAGAUGCAAAGGGAAUGUGUCCUGUACACCCAAGGGGGGUGAUGGCUGGGUGGAAGAGCAGCAGGAUCCCGGACCUCUGGGUUCCAUUUGCGUGAAGAGUAGCAUGAGCGACAGGUCAGUGGGUGGCACCCCAAGCCCCAUCACCUGCCCCAUGUGCGGGAAGGGCUUCAGCCGCAGGUCGAACCUCACGAAGCACCAGCGCGUCCACACAGGGGAGCGUCCUUUCUGCUGCACCCAGUGUGGGAAAUGCUUCACUCAGAGCUCCAACCUCUGCCGGCACCAGAGCCUCCAUGCAGCGGGCGAGGGGCCCUCGUGCUGCCCCGAGUGUGGGGAGAGCUUCACAGGGAGCGCGGGGCUGGCCAGGCACCGAAGAACACACGCCGUAGGGGAGAGAUCGCACUGCUGCCACCAGUGUGGGAAAGGCUUUGCCAGCCACUCACUCCUGACCAUUCACCGGCGCAGCCACUCGGGGGAGCGGCCGUUCUCCUGUGCCCAGUGCGGGCGCAGCUUUGACCGCAGCUCCCUACUAGUGGAGCACCAGCGCACCCACACUGGGGAGCGCCCCUACCGCUGCCACCAAUGCAGCCAGGGCUUCACCCGCGCCACCCACCUCAGUCGGCACCAGCUAAUCCACCGUGGUGAGCGACCUCACGGCUGCCCCGAGUGUGGCCGGUGCUUCCGGCUCCGGGCUGCGUUAGUCAAGCACGUGCGGAGCCACACAGGGGAGCGACCCUACAAGUGUGCUGAGUGUGGGGCGGUCUUCGCCAGUGUCUCCUCCCUGGCUCGGCACCGCCGGAGCCACGCCGGUGAGAAGCCUCACCACUGCCCCGACUGUGGCAAGAGAUUUGGGCAGAGCACUGCCUUCGCUGAGCACUGCCGCACCCACACUGGGGAGCGCCCCUACCGCUGCUUGGAGUGUGGCCGCGCCUUUGCCGGCAGCUCCAACUUCAUCCGGCACCAGAGAAUCCACACAGGGGAGCGGCCCUACCAAUGCCAGGACUGCGGCCGCACUUUCCGGGUCAGCUCCAACCUGGCCAGGCACCAGAGGACUCACCACCAAGGGCUGGUGAUCACUGAGUGUGGAGAUACUCCCUUGCUGGGACGGGCAGGACAAAGGUAGGGUCACUGGGGGCAUAGGCCUAGAUGGAGCCGAAGGCCAUGGGAGGUUGGUUGGGGUUGGGGUUGGGGCCAUGGCAGGUGUAAGCUGAGAUGGUCAGGGCACAAGGCAGGAGCAAGUGGCUGGUGGCUGGAUUCUCUGCAGUCCUGAGCCAAGCAGCACCCCAUGGAGCAGGAUCAGAUGGCUCAGACCAGAGCUCACCAGGGAAGGUGGCUCCUGCAUCUUGCCACACCCGCCGUCUCUUCUCUGCCAUGGUGCUGAACUCUCCGUCCAGUAGGAAGCGCCGUCUCCUAAACGCUCCUUCCACCAUUACCACCAAUUUAGGCCAGGCCUGCUGGGGCAGAGCUCUCUCCUUUCAUCACCCCAAGGAAGACAGGGCCAGUGUUGGCCUCUGGCUCCAGUCUGCUUCUCACAGGGCUGUGCCAUGGUGACAAACUCAGAGGUGCCCCAGGGGCAAUCCCACUGUAGGAGAGCAGCCAUUCUUUGCUGUGUGGACCAGUAUUAGGCAGGCUGGACCUGCCCUCAGUGUAAAGCUCACAGCCCAUUGUCCUGUUUUCGUUGUUACCAGGUUAAACGUGGGGUCGGCCGACACACUGAGCCCCAGAGCUGCGUGCUGAGCCAUGCUCAUCCUAGUCACACUUUAUUCCUAACCUGCACUCCCCCCUCACCCGAGUCACUGUGGCUGGUGGCACUGCCUGCAGACUCAGCAGACCUUGGCUUUCUCGAGGGUUAGCUCUGAAAUCUGGAAGGACCCUGCACUCCUACCAAAGCCCUCAAUCCCAGAGCCCCUGCACUUCAAUCUUCUGUAAUGAAAGAGUCACAAAGCUCAGAGAGAACAGAACCCAAUUGAAGAUCGAGGUAUAACUGCUCACCAAAUUUGUGAUCAGGAAGAAAUUUCCCCCCAGGUCAUGCUGGCAGGGAGGGCACAUCCCAUUCCUGGUAGUACUGGAAUAUCCAUUACUCUGGGGAGGUGUGAGUGACCACCCUAUCUCCCCCCAAUUCUAACCCACUAGACCCCACUCCCUCUGCAAAGCUGGGGAUAGAACCCAGGAGGCCUGAUUCCCCCUUGCCAAUCCCCCUGCUAACUCACUAGAUCCCUAUUUCCUUCCCAGAGCUGGGAAUAAUUGGAUCGAUGGAGAUGGGGUCUGCUCCUGAAAUGGGAGCUGUGACAGGUAGCAUUUGUGGGGAGUUGCUCUUUCAGGGAGAGUGUCAGCAUAGCAGGAAGGCAGUGUUAUAGGUGGAGUGGGGAGCUAGCUCUGGAGGUCUCUGGGGUGCUGGUGGGGUCUGGCUGGCACAUAGCUUUGGCUCAUUCACUCUGAACAGCUGUGGGGGAGAUCUGGGUCUAAGCCCCAUUCCAAUGUGGGAAGGAUCUAUUUGUGCUGAGGCUGGAAGGGAGCAGCUGAUCCAGUCUGGAUGAAUGCCAAGAUGCUGCUAGGGGGAGGGGACAAGCUGCCCACAUGUCAGACCCAGGAGACCAGUUAUCAUUUGUUGGGAACCUGAGCUGGAGAUGCCUGAGAAUUCACAGCAUCUGACAGCUCACUGUAUGGAUCACAACUGCACAGACAUUCCUGUACCGCUUACUCCCAUCUCUAGACUGGGAAUAGACCCCAAGAGUUCUGACUCUGCCCCCCUCAGGACCGCCACAUUCACUCAAUCGCUUUGACAGCGUAGUCUAGCGGCAAGGACACUGGCCUGGGAAUGACACCUGCGGAGUUGAGCAUUGAAGGGACUGUGAAUCAGACUGUUUACACCUUUUUUGUUCUUUUGGGAAAUCAAAUGCCCAAGCAGCAGUGUGAAGAAAAGAUGUCUGAGUUAAAAUUGUUAAACAAUAACAAAAACCAUCAAAGAAAGAAAGAAACAAAUAAAAACUCGACCCAGAACCAGGACUAAAAUGCAGGGAAUUGCUUAUUGAAAUCGCAAGUCUCAUCAAUGAAAUAAAGAGAGAAAAAAGAAACCCCCAAGUAACUGAACCGGAGAGGAUUUAUGGCAAGGUGCAAAUGAAGGAGGGACUGAAAAAGAUGUUACAAAGGAAAAGAAGUUUGGAAGAGGGUUUGGCCAGUAGAACACAUGAAGGUCUCCAAAUGCAGCAUGGUAACAUCCAAGUCCCACCUCCUCAUGAGAUUAAGGUUGCCAAUUGUGGCUGAACGUAUUCCUGGAGGUAUCAUCACAUGACAUAAUCUUUAAUUAAACACGAAUCUUUAAUUCCUGGAGACUCCAGGACAAUCCGGGAAGAUUGGCAACCCUACAUCAGAUGCUAGCAGUUGUUGCUAAACCCACAGAUAAAUAUAACCUAAGACGGGCAUAGAUAAGGUUAAUCACACAUAUCCCUUAAUUUGCUGCAUCAUUGUUAGAGUCCUUGAGUUAAAAGCAAAAUUCAUCCUACAGGGCAGAGUUAAGGUUAUGAGCGCACAUCCCUCCAUUUCUGACGGCGGUGUAACAAGCCUGUAGCUAAAAACGAACAAAUACCCCAGAUAGUUGGGAGUUUGGAUUUAAUUCCUUCUGCCAAGAUUUUCAGAAGUGAUUAGAGAUUUUGAGGCUGUGUGCGCCCCAGCUCAAUACCUUAAAGGGGGCCUGAUUUGGGGAGGAAAAGUGCUCAACACUUUAUUCAGAAUCAGGCCCUUUUAAAGAUGUACCAAACUGGGUCACCUUUUAGGCCACAGAGGUCCAAUCCUGAAAGGAUCAUAGCAAUUAUGGCUUCUAUCAGCGCUUUACAAGAAGCAGCCAGGUCCUGGAUGCAUCUGAGAAGAGGUUCAUAGGUGUCUCUAAAGUGGCGUCUAAUAAAUAUGGAGGAUUCAGGAAAGAAGAGAUUAACCCAAACAUUGUCUAAAUUGGGAUUUGUGCUGCUUCCAGCAGCUCUUCAUGUAUCUGUCCCAAUGUAAACCCCUAGGGAAGAAUAUGGAAAUCACUACUUCUAUUGGUGCAGCUGAUGUCUUGAAUCGGGGCAGAUUUCUAGCAUACAAAAGAUCUUGAAAUCUCCUCAGGAAAUCUGAUCUAGAACUGGUUAAAAGAAAGUUUUCACCAUGAAAAAUUUUGUUUUUUUGAGAAAGAAAGAAAUGUAAAAACAUUUUACUUUCAAAUCACAAUUUUGGUCUGGAUUUAAAAAACAAAGUUUUCACUUUGGAGAUUUUUGGGUUAUUUUCUCUCCCCUCUUUGUUUUCUCACUGCAAAUGAUGGGUGAAAGUAGAAGUGAGACAGAAAGUGUGUUUGAUGAGAGGAGAGCAAAGCAAAAAAUCCAAUUUGAAAUUAAACAGAAAUGUGCAUUUUGUAAUCACCAGUCAAAAUUUUUUGUUGAAAAUAACAUUUUCAUGAGAAAAACUCCAUUUUUCGCCAGGAAUAUGUUUUGCUUACAAAAUGUCAAUUCACUCUAAUUAAUUUAAUUCCAUUGAAUUUAGAAACCAAAUUCUCAACUCCUUUGAAAAAUCCCAUCUGGGAAGUCUAACUCCUAACAUCCAAAUCCAAGUGGUGGAGUCCUAAUAACAGUAGCCCAGUCUUUAACAAAACGUGUCCUGAAGGACAGAGUUAAGGUUAUUAAUGGCUAUCCCUUAAUUUGUGAUACUGUUGUUAGAAUCCUGUAGUUAACAAAAUUUUUUGCCUGGUGAAAAAAACCUCUUUCCUUGGGUUGUUUUUUUGUGUGUGUUUUAACAAAUAGAACAAAAAAUGUA